CACAAGCAGCACAAGCCAUUGCCACGCGUGCAAGGGGCAAGCAGCCACGCCGCCUGGAAUGCGGUGGCAGAAAGGCUCGUGCCCCGUCAGCUCCUCGUUGCCGCCCAGCCAUGGCCACCGCCCACAGCGCGCACCACUUUCUCUGCGCCAUCGCCGCCGCGCGCUCUCUCAGUAGCCCGCAGCAAGUGUGCGACACGUCGUUGCGUCUGCGCGCGUCCGGCCAUCUGCGCUCUCGCCGUCUCUGCCGCCGCUCGUCGCACCGCCAGCGAAUGAUGCCGCGCUCGUCGUCGGUGGAUUUCACGGCGCGUGGCAUCGAGGACGGCCAUUCCACCAGAGGCGCGAAGGACGCAUUUCCUGCCAUGUCAUUCCCAUCGGAGCUGACGUCACCUCUGCUGGCCGCCAAUGGGGAGAGCAGCCCGCCGCCUGCAGCAGCUGAGACCCGCCCCUUCGCCACCGCUUCCACCACCGCUUCCACCUGGACUGCUGCCGCCCUGCCCUUUCUUUUUCCAGCACUGGGCGGGCUGCUGUUCGGCUACGACAUCGGAGCCACGUCCAGCGCGCUUCUCUCCCUCAAGGACCCGGUGCUGUCGGGCACGGACUGGUUCGACCUCUCCUCCACGGCUGUCGGCCUCGUGGUGAGCGGCUCUCUGGGCGGUGCGCUCCUGGGCUGCCUGCUGGCGUUCCGCAUCGCCGACCCUCUCGGUCGCCGUCGCGAGUUGCUGCUGGCAGCGGCGCUCUACCUGUGCGGCGCGCUGCUCACUGCCUCCGCCGCCUCGCUGCCCGCGCUGCUCGCAGGCCGCCUCAUGUACGGCGCUGCCAUCGGCCUGGCCAUGCACGGGGCGCCCAUGUACAUAGCGGAGACCAGCCCGCCUGCCAUCCGAGGCACGCUCAUCUCGCUCAAAGAGGCCUUCAUUGUCGCCGGCAUCCUGCUGGGCUACGUGAGUGGCAGUGUGCUCAUAGACCAGGAGGGCGCGUGGCGCGCCAUCUACGGGCUCGCAGCACCGCUGGCGCUCGUCAUGGCGGGGGGCAUGGCAUGGCUGCCGCCCUCCCCGCGCUGGCUGCUGCUGCGCGCGCAGCAGGAGGGGCAGGAGGAGCAGAAGCGGGGGCCGGAGGGGCAGGUGGGGCAGGCGGGGCGUGGGGGCGAGGAGGCACGGAGGCGGGCGGUGCAGGCGUUGAGGCGGCUGAGGGGAGGGGCGUGUGGGGAGGGGGAGGCGCAGAGGGAGGUGCAGGGCAUGCUGGAGGCCCUGGGGGAGGGGGGGGGGAGCGGGGGCAAGAGUGGGUGGAGUGAGCUGGUGACAGGGGCGAGCGGGCGCGCACUGGUGAUUGCCUGCGGGCUCGUCUUCUUCCAGCAGGUCACCGGCCAGCCUAGUGUGCUCUACUAUGCCGGCUCCAUCCUCCAGGACGCGGGCUUCUCUGCCGCCAGUGACGCCACGCGGGUGUCGGUGCUGCUAGGCUGCUUCAAGCUCGCCAUGACGGGGGUGGCAGUGGCUACGGUUGACCGGUGGGGCCGCCGCCCGCUGCUGCUCGCAGGGGUCUCGGGCCUGGUGGCGAGCCUGGUGCUGCUGGGGUCGCUGUACGCCAUCCACACCACCCUGCCCACCCUCAGUGUCCUCUCGCUGCUGCUCUUCGUCGGCUGCUACCAGGUGUCAUUUGGCCCCAUCGCGUGGCUCAUGGUGUCGGAGGUGUUUCCCCUGCCUGUGCGGGGCCGCGCUCAGAGCCUCGCCACUCUCGUCAACUUUGGAUCCAACGCCCUCGUCACCUUCGCCCUGCCGCCCAUUCAGGACACGUUGGGGCAAGCAGCCACGUUCUACUCGUUUGCCACCAUCGGUGCCGGAGCUCUGGUGUUCAUCUACCUGUGGGUGCCCGAGACCAAGGGGCUGCAGCUGGAGGAGAUUGAGGCCAAGCUGACAGCGGGCAAGAUAUAGACUGGCAGUCGCUGUGGAUAUUCACACCAACACCCAAUCCCUCGCAAGCAUGACAACAGAGGACCAUAGGCGAAUGCCAUUUUCUGCAUGGAUAGGGACAGGGGGGUUAUGGAUAGGGACAAGGGGGAUAGGGAUACCGUAAUCACCCGGAUAUAGGCGCGGCCAUUUAUUAAGCCCAGUGGGCUUAUAGAGUGCAAACGCGCUUAUAUCCGUUAUUUCAUUACAAGCACACCCUUUGUUUAGAAAUCGAUUCUCUAUAAGCGCAUUGAAACA